AUGAAGACGAGGACCCUGUCUGAUAACACGGCAUCCAUCAAGAUCACAGGGAUCCCUUCGAGUUUCAACACAACUAAGAUCAGCGUGGCAACACAGCAUGAUCCACGCUACGUAGAAAUCCUGCGCCGGUACAAGCACCUCACGCAACCCAUCAAACCAACUGAUGCAGGCGACCAUCAGACCCAACACCAUAUAAAGACCACUGGACAACCAGCAUAUUCAUGGCCACGACGACUCCCUCCACACAAACUAGCAUAUGCCAAGAAAGCGUUUGAGGAGUCGCUGGCCGACAAUAUCAUCCGACCCUCAGACAGCCCAUAUGCUUCACCACUGCAUCUGAGUCAAACCAGCUUUUCUGGAAAAAUCUCCACGGGAGACAGAACCCGUCUCAACACACCCAGAACCCUCACCUGCCUCAACAACCACGCAAUCGCAACCGUCACAACCGAGUCAAGUCGACCGAGCCCAGCAGCUGACGGGACCCAGCAUCAGCAGCAGCAUUUGUUCAAACAGUCCCGAACAAACAACCUCUGUAGUCUUUCUAUCCACCGCUUGCAAAUAAAGACACGAUUUCUAUCGUCUACAAUGGACCAUCUGCGUUUGUCAUCCUUCUUUGCUAUUGCCAUCUCCUUGCCUUUUGUGUCCCCUUUUUAG